AUGAAUCAAGUUAAAAAACAUAGAUAUUAUUUGAGAGACUUUAAAAUAAAAAAUAAUCAAAUUUACAUAAAGAUUCAGAAAUGGCUUCUAAAACGUAAUUAGAUGAAGAAUAUAAGAUUUAUUUUGAAUAGAUAAUGGUAAUGUUAGUCUAACUAUCCUUAAUAAGUUAAGAAUUUGUAAGCUCUAAAUUAUCCUUACUUGAAAAAUAUUCACAAACUCUAAAAGAUUUCUAAAUUGACUCAAGAUAACAGAGAAAUAAUCAAAUCAAAAAAUUUAAUUGAUUAAGUGAAAAGUAUCGUAAAUGUUAAAUUCGAUCUUCAAUUCAUAUUAAUUCAAGUAAAACCUUUCAUUUUCAUAAAAAUUCAUUUGAUAUUUAAAAUAUUUACAUGUAAGAUAAUUUAUAAAUAAUGUAGAAGUCAUCUUUAAAAUAGAAGAGUAUAAGUGAUUCAAAAUCAAUACAUACAAAGACUAUUAAAAUUAUUGUAUAAAAGAUUGUAUAAAAAAAGUUUGUUCCCUCUAAAAAAUUUGUUAUGAUUCAGUACUAAAUUUACUUUAAAAUGCAAUGAGUUUACUAGAAUCAUAUCAAAUACUGUACUAGAGGGAAUUCAAUAAACUAAAUUAGGAUUAUGAGAAAAUCCAACAAGAAAAUCCAUAAUUUUAGACUAAACAAAACUAAUUAAAUAAAUCAAGCAAAUUCAAAUAAAACUUGAAAUUCUCUUAUUGA